UGCACUGACGUCACAACAAGUGAAAGAAGGAAGCAAAGCUCUCUGUAUGAGCUGUCAUUAACUAGUUGUAGAGACAGUCAGGGAAAACCUCUAAAGACAGCGCAGGGUCUGGUUACACACGAGCAACGCUCCCGUUGCCUGAAACAAAUAGAGUAGUAGUACAGAUCAAUUGGGAAGCACACACCCAAAGCGGAGCACGGGAAAUAAGGCUGCCAUGGCUGAUGUUAUACAAAUCAACGAGUCGUCUUCAUCUGACGUUGCGAACCGAUUCGCUCGCAAAGGCGCUCUACGGCAGAAAAACGUCCAUGAAAUAAAGAACCAUAAAUUUAUUGCCAGAUUCUUCAAGCAGCCGACCUUCUGCAGUCACUGCACGGACUUCAUCUGGGGUUUUGGAAAGCAAGGUUUCCAGUGUCAAGUUUGCUGCUUCGUGGUCCACAAGAGGUGCCAUGAGUUCGUCACUUUCUCCUGUCCCGGCGCUGACAAGGGUCCUGACACCGACGACCCCAGAAGCAAACACAAGUUCAAGAUCCACACCUAUGGAAGUCCCACCUUCUGCGACCACUGUGGGUCUCUGCUCUACGGACUCAUCCACCAGGGGAUGAAAUGCGACACGUGCGACAUGAACGUGCACAAGCAGUGCGUGAUGAACGUGCCCAGCCUGUGCGGCACGGACCACACCGAGCGGCGCGGACGGCUCUUCCUCACGAUCGAAGUCACCGAGGAGACCAUGAAGGUGACGGUGGGGGAGGGCAGAAACCUGAUCCCCAUGGACCCGAACGGGCUGUCGGACCCGUACGUCAAGCUGAAGCUCAUCCCCGACCCCAAGAACGAAACCAAGCAGAAGACCAAGACCAUCCGCUCCUGCCUCAACCCCACCUGGAACGAGUCCUUCAACUUCAAGCUGAAAGCCUCAGAUAAGGAUCGCAGGCUGUCUGUGGAGAUCUGGGACUGGGACCGCACCACCAGGAACGACUUCAUGGGCUCCCUGUCCUUCGGCGUGUCAGAGCUGAUCAAGUCACCGGUGUGCGGCUGGUACAAGCUGCUGAACCAGGAGGAGGGCGAGUACUACAACGUGCCCAUCUCUGAGGAGGACGACGGGAACCUGGAGCUCAGGCAGAAGUUUGAGGACUGCCAAAUUAAUUUCCACUUCCUCAAGGAUCACGAUCUGGACGACUCUGAUAAGAAAGCCAAGCUCGGGCCGGGGAAGAAAGUGAUCACGCCUUCGGACGACGACCGGAGCCUGCCCUCCAACAACAUCGACCGCGUCAAACUCACCGACUUCAACUUCCUGGCCGUGCUGGGGAAAGGCAGUUUUGGCAAGGUGAUGCUCGCGGAGAUGAAGUCCACGGAAAAGCUGUACGCCAUUAAGAUCCUGAAGAAGGACGUGGUGAUCCAGGACGACGAUGUGGAGUGCACCAUGGUGGAGAAGAGGGUCCUGGCACAGAGGGACAAGCCCCCGUUCCUCACCCAGCUGCAUUCCUGCUUCCAGACUGUGGACCGCCUCUACUUCGUCAUGGAGUAUGUAAAUGGGGGAGAUCUCAUGUACCACAUCCAGCAAGUCGGGAAGUUCAAGGAGCCUCAGGCAGUGUUCUACGCAGCAGAGAUCGCUGUUGGGCUGUUUUUCCUGCACAAGAAGGGCGUCAUUUACAGGGAUCUGAAGCUGGACAACGUCAUGCUGGACCACGAGGGCCACAUCAAGAUCGCCGACUUCGGCAUGUGCAAGGAGAACAUUUUCGAGAACGUGACCACGCGCACCUUCUGCGGCACCCCGGACUACAUCGCCCCCGAGAUUAUUGCAUAUCAGCCAUAUGGUCGGUCAGUGGACUGGUGGGCGUACGGAGUUCUGCUGUAUGAAAUGCUGGCUGGACAGCCUCCUUUCGACGGUGAGGAUGAGGACGAGCUCUUCCAGUCUAUCAUGGAGCACAACGUGUCAUACGCCAAGUCCAUGUCCAAAGAGGCGGUGUCCAUCUGCAAAGGCCUGAUGACCAAACACCCGUCCAAGCGGCUGGGCUGCGGGCCGGAGGGCGAGCGGGACAUCCGGGAGCACGCCUUCUUCCGCCGCAUCGACUGGGAGCGGCUGGAGAACAGCGAGAUCCAGCCGCCCUUCAAGCCCAAAGUGUGCGGCAAAGGGGCGGAAAACUUCGACAAGUUCUUCACCCGGACCCAGCCCAUGCUGACGCCGCCCGACCAGCUGGUCAUCGCCAACAUCGACCAGUGCGAGUUCGCAGGCUUCUCCUUCAUCAACCCGCAGUUCACGUACCCCGCCGUGCACAGCGUGGUAUGAGGGGCGGGUCCGGCACGAGCGCUGGAACGCCCACCAAGAGAAAAUCCAACCGCCCGCCCCCUUCCCCCCGACCCCCCCACCACCACCCCACCACCACCACCCCCCCCCCCCCACCCCCCACCUUUUAAGAAGAAAAUAUCAUUAAUUAACAACGAUUAAAACCCUAGGAUUCUUUCCACAGAUACAUCUGUCAUAAACAUAUCCAAAUGAGGAAAAGAAAUCCGACGUCUUCAAGCCCCCCAGCUGCGUAUUAUGUCCAAAAAAAAGUUUUUUUAUCUAAGCGGGCAUUUAAAAUUCAAACUGCCAGAAGUUUCGAAUAAAAUCUACCUACAAUUUUUCUGCUGUGUUUGGGCAAGACCACCUCACCUCACCUCGCCUCACUCUAGCCACUGUGCGAGAGGUGCUUCAGAUUACUGGGUGUAACUCAAAUCGAUGCUUCGCGCAUACCGAAAACAACAGUAGCCACGACAACAGAGGACUGAAGACGAAAUUCUGUGGUUCCUAGUGUUUUGCCCUCAAGUGAUCAGUUCCCCAUCUCGGUUCUCGGUCUUCCCAGCAAGGAAAUCAGAGAUGACACAUCGUGAGCUAAAUGCAAGAUGGCACCGUGUGUUCUCAGUGUCAUCCUGAUGUAUCUGAGAUAGUUUACAGUUGGCAAAUCGGCUCAUUUUUCUUUUUUAGUCUGUGUGCAGUAGUAUUUACGGCACGGUGGGCAUUUGGCACCUUGUGUUGGGUUUCUUCAGCGGCGCACAGUCCCCCUGUCUCUGCCUGGCUUUGUGGCCCCAGGGGCCUGAAUGCCCCCACCUGCUUCUCUCUCUCCCGCCAUUUUGUGUCGUUUGCACUGGGGUAAAAAAAAAAAAAAAGUCUCCAUCCCACCGGGACGCCCGACAGGUCGCGGAGUUUCGCUCCCCGUAUCCGAGAAAUGCGUUCUUGCGCCCCAUCCCCCCACCCCACCACCCCCCACCCCCCUUCCCACAAAGAAAUUCCCUCUUAAAAAACGUACUGAAAAACAUAGGGUCUUAUGGCAGAUGGCAGUCUUAGGUGUGCCAAAAAAAUUUUUUAUUGUAUCAAAACAUUUUUUGUCAUAUUUUUUUCCAGCAAAGCGGGGGAAAAAAAAUUGGUGUCCCUGACUAAAGUAUGUAUCACGAUUCUAUGCUUCCUGUGUUCCUCAGAAGAAGAAUAUGUCAGCUGAGGUCACCUCUGACUCAUCGCUGUUCUUUCCCAUUGGUUAAUGGGUCCCCUCUGGUACAAGCAGCAGCGGGCCAAUAUCGCCAGUGGAGUUUGGUCAUGAACACACAAAUGUACGCAGCUCUAAAAAACAGAAUCAUUUUUAAUCGUGGACAGAUAUUAAUCUAUCCUAGCACUUAAAUGCUAUUAUACUGUCAUAGGAACGACUAAUGAAGGGGGCAUUUUUACAGUGUAAAAUCUCUUUCGCUCUUUCCCUUUUAGCAGUUAGAUGGAAAACCCUAAAAACACACAGAGAUUGAAGCUUUUCCCGAAAGGAAAAAGUGGUGUUUAUGUGUAAGCAAUGGGGAGUUUGGCGAUCUGCAUUAUGCACCAUGCAAUACCGUGUUGCAUGCCUCUUUGCUCUAGACUGAAUCCUAACACCAUCCUAACAGCGUAAAACAGAGUAUUAUGUUAUUUUAAUUAAAUCCUAUGUGCUAUACUCGUGGAAGUCCUAAUUUGAUUAUGCUGUAUGUUUCAAAAUGUGUGAUUCUUUUCAUUGAUAUUUUAGGUUUAGGUUUAAUGUCCUUUUUUCUGCUUAACAUAAUGUCAUUCAUUUUUUUCCACUCAUAAAUUAGACAUUUAUAUUGUAACACAUUACAGAGUAUUAAGUAUUUUGUAAAUAUUAACAAGUUAUUUCAAAAAAAAAGUACAGCGACUUGCGGUUUUUAUACCAAGAACUGAAUGUGCUUUUAUUACAUUAGAUAGUUUAAAAUUUCUAUGUGAAAUGACCCGAAAAGAAGAUAACUUUUUAACAAUUGGAUAAAAUUCUUUAGCAGGCUUUGAUAUCAAUAAAUCAUAUGUAAUGUCCUUAGGUCUUCAUAUUUUGCGGAUUUAUCAUAAAUUUGUUUUAAUGGUUUGAUGUUUGGACAUAUCUGGACUUGACCUUGACGCGUGAGCUGGUUGAAAGCAUACUUGCCUUGGUCCUACCGUCGACACAAUAUGUUUUUGCCUUUCUUUAUCUGCAUGAGGUGAUAGGAAAUCGAUGCAUGUGAAUAACAAGGUGUUGCAUGAUACAAAGAUCACUGGUCUUACAGCAUGGUAUUAGUGUGUCCUGUCCAGUCAGAUUCUGGUACCAUACCACACGCUCUCAACUCUUGUUACUUUACUUUUUUAUAUUACAGCUAAAAUAUGUCGAAAAUAUGAAGGAUUAAUCCAUAUCUGGAGCCGAUGGUCGUUAGUAUAUGCAGUCCUUGCCUUUUAACUUUCCUGUCGUUUCCCAAUCCCCCCCCGAAACUCUUUGCCCUUGUCCGUGCCAAACCAAUGACAGACCAAACCCAAAGUAGCAGCCUUGCACUAGACAUAGACAGCUGCUCCGAUGCGUCCGUGCAGCUCCAUCAUCUGCGUGAGUGUAGAAGCCAUGUUCGCCUCUCCGUCAACCUCCUCCAUGACUCCUUUAAGCUACCGCGCGCAGGGGUGGAUUCACCCAAAAGCGAAAUGACGCAAGAACUGCAUUUUGUGACUUGACCUGACUUGACUUUGUGUCCUGCAAAAAGUAGAAACUCGAUUUUUAUCGAAAGGGCGGAUUCACCUAAAAGCGAAAUGACGCAAGAACUACAUUUUGUGACUUGACUUUGCGUCUUGUAAAAAAAAUUUAAAAAACUCAAUUUUUAUCGAACAGCCAAUUGCACGAUUUAAUCAAAGCGCUGUGCUGUGCGUCCUACGGACUUCAUCCCUAUAAAAGUAAACGACCAGGUGGAGCGAAUUCAGAAUUAAAACACUGCUUGUAAGAAUGCUGAAAUUCAGUGGGUCUGUGUUAAACAAGUGACGCACUUCACCAGGGCGAAGGACCUGAUCUCCGUAAAAGUCCUCCUUUUCUGAGAACGUCUCAGAAAUCCAUAAGUGUAUAAAAAAUGACGAGAUGAAUCAGCAGCUGAGUAGUGCUGUGUUUUUUUCAUCAGCAGAGAAUGGCCUUUUGAGCCAUUUUACGCUCUUUCUGAGUCUUGUGACGUUGCGAGGUCAUUUCAGCUCCCCCGUAAUGAGCCCACAGGCCUUCACUGAGUCCUGAGUCCACCCCUGCGGCGUGUGGCCGCGGUCGAGCUAAAGUAGCGCUCAGGCUGUUUUGAAUGCAGAAACGCGCCCUCGCCGAGCCCGUGCGCUACGCGCGGCGUUCUGGCGCCGCUGGUCCGAACGCCGCCUCGGUGAGGUUGGCGCCGGUCGGGCAGCACCGCGGUAUCGGGGUUCUGAACCGCCAUCGCUCGCCCCCUAUACCCCCCUACGCCUCUUUUACAGGAACUUGAACGAAGGAGAGCGUGACCCUGUCUCUCACCCCCCACCCCCAAAUCUCCGCCCCGCCCCGCCCCGCUUCCGACUGCCCCAUCCAAGUAUGAAUGCAUCUGUCCAUGUAUCUCCCCACCACAAUUUUCGCAGUGCCUGUUUUAUCAGUCCCUCCCUCCGGUAGAUCGAAACACCCUUUUCUCCUCUCCCUCCGUAGAGCUAGCCCGUUUACCAAAGCCCCCUUACACAGAGGUGUUUGUGCUCAGACCGAUCCUACCGGCUCCACAGAACACGUGCUCUCCUCCUGGUUCUCGCGGACAGUACAGUAGGAUGACUGAUGCGUCAAAACUGUGGAUUUGUCUUUUGUAAAAUGUCCCGUUUUAGGUUUUUUUUUGGUUUUUUUGGUGGGGGGGGGGACUUUUUAAAUUCACAGAUACGAAAAAUAGACAUUCUAUCGCGUUGAAAAUACAACUCUUAAAUGUUAGGCUUAAGUUACUGCUUAACUGAUCCACCAGUUUAUGUGUUAGUGGUACCCCCGAAACCCACUGUUUUGAUAUGUUUGUGAAAUGUAAUCCACUUCUUUGGUGUUUUUUCCUGUUAAAGAGGUAGAGUUUGACUGGCGUGUUGUUCUCACAUAGAGCACGGUGUCAACAAAUGUGGAGGUUGUCUUAUUUCAUAUAGCCAACUCCCUCUCUCUUGUGUUGACGCACGCAUAAAGCAUUUACACCCUGUACAUAAUAGGUUAAAUCUCUAGCCCGUGACAGAAGGAUGUAUAGUAUUUUGCUAUGUCGUACGUCAGCUCCUCUCGAACCUGAAGUGAAUCCUGGCUAUAUGCCUUGUGAUCAGUAACGGUGUCUGUACCUAUUGUAUGAUAAUGAACAUAAACAAGAAAUAAGGUGGUUCUACAGCAAAUAUGUACAUCCUUACUUAUUCUUUAUUUCUUUUUUCUUUUUUUUUGAAUGCUUACAUUUACUGUAAAUACAGUUUUUUCCCCAAAUUGCUUAAUUUUAACAUUCUCUGUUGUGAGUGGUGUGGACAGCGUUGUCUGUAUAAGGACAAAGCCGUCCUCUUUUUUGUGACCCUCUGUUUCCUGUUUCUUUCCCAUCUGCGGACGAGCGUGUAGGGUAACGGCAUGAAUGGAACGGCGCGCUUUUAUUUUGACAGGCCCAGCCCACGCCGCGCUUUCUUAUGAUGAUUUUAGUGUUCGGUUUCCUGAAAAUCUGUUUACCUCUGUACUAAUGUGCCACAAAUUUGUGGGCAUAAUCCUCAGACCUGAAGUUAACUUAGAGGUGAUCAUUUUAUUAAUUACUUUUUUUAAUUCCAUGUUAUCUAGAAAGAUUUUGCUAAUUUUCUUUUGAGAACAGGGGGAAGGAAGGAAGAGGGGUUAUAAAAUUCCUUUACAAAUAAAAUUGUUAUCUGAGAUGCGGAAUAUUUUUCACAGAUGUGAAAAUGAUGAACAUGACUGACUUUUUGUUCCAACAGCGAGAAGGUAGGGGGGAGGUAGGUAACUCUACAAACCAAACAGAAUAGGAAAAGAGGUAAUGUUUACAGAAAAAAGUUUGCUUUCGGGUUUAGGUUUAGGACGGGUCUAGAAUGUUCCGGGCAAGUCACUGAGAAAAUUUCGUUGGCAACUGUGGUGUGCAGAGAGGUGGCCGCCAGGUCUCGGUCAAAUGCGUUUACACGGUAGGGAGACGCUUCACAUUCCUGCUCACAGAAUGAGAGCUCUUGGCAGUACGUCCGGGGGGUGGGGGUCGCGGCACGAGAAAGAAAGCUUUCCCCCUCUGAGAAUAUCUGAGCUAGCCGCGCAGCCCCGUGGGUGCUGCCGAAAGGUUCCUCGGGGGGGGGGCGCGGAGAGAGAUCGUUUCAGGACGGUCUGCCGCAGCGAUCUGUCAGAUGACCCAUCGCAUUAGGAGAUGCGGAGACUGCUGGCAGAACCGGAGAAGUCGCCUUGUUAGGGUCAGAGGAGGUUCCGUGGCACUGAAGACACGGGGCUUGAAUUCACAAGUAAAACGUCCAGGCGCGUUUCACAGCGCGACCGGUUGUGUCCACCUCUUUGUAGACUGCAGUUGAUUAAAUGCUUGUUUUUUUUUUGUUAUCAAAUGAUUUCAGACAGUCCUCUCUUUAAAUGAUUAUCAUUGUUGUUAUUAUCAUUAUUAAUAUUAUUAUUAUUAUUAUUAUUGUCAUUCUGUUUCUUUUGUUUUGUCCCCAUCCUUUGUUUUGCAUGUUCUGCUAUGUUCCUGUUAAUUGUAGUAUGAAGGAUACUGUGUACAAAUAAAGGUAUGACAUCUAAAUCUA